UCAAAAGGAAAGUAUCCGUUGCUCAACGAUUUAAUUUAUCUUAUUAUAUAUAAAUAAAUCGUGUAAGAAAAUAUCUUCAUCUUCAUUUCUUCAAAAACCACUUUCAGAGUAACCCUAAUCCUCUCUCGAUCGCGAUUUCACAUUUUCGCAUUUCCAGAACUAUAUCGUGAGAGAGAUGGAGAAAAUAGGAGUAGUAUUAUCGGCGAAAGAGGCGUUCGAGAAGCUAGAGAAAGUUGGGGAAGGAACGUAUGGGAAGGUUUAUAGAGCAAGAGAGAAAGCUACCGGGAAGAUCGUUGCUCUUAAGAAGACUCGUCUUCAUGAGGAUGAUGAAGGUGUUCCUCCUACUACUCUUCGCGAGGUUUCCAUUCUGAGAAUGCUCUCUCGUGAUCCACAUGUUGUUAGGUUAUUGGAUGUGAAACAAGGUCAGAACAAGGAAGGAAAAACUGUGCUGUACUUGGUUUUUGAGUACAUGGAUACUGAUCUCAAGAAAUUCAUUCGUACUUUUCGUCAAACUGGACAAAAUAUUCCACCUCCAGUCAUCAAAGGCUUGAUGUACCAACUUUGUAAGGGUGUUGCUUUCUGCCAUGGCCAUGGAAUCUUGCACAGGGAUUUGAAGCCUCAUAAUCUCUUGAUGGACCGGAAAACAAUGAUGCUCAAAAUUGCUGAUCUUGGACUAGCUAGAGCAUUUACUGUGCCUCUUAAGAAGUACACUCAUGAGAUACUGACCCUGUGGUAUAGAGCACCUGAAGUCCUUUUGGGCGCUACACAUUACUCAAUGGCUGUGGAUAUUUGGUCUGUUGCGUGCAUUUUCGCUGAACUUGUCACCAAGCAAGCACUAUUUCCUGGUGAUUCUGAGCUGCAACAACUCCUCCACAUAUUCAGGCUGUUGGGGACUCCUAAUGAAGAUAUGUGGCCAGGUGUUAGUAAACUAAUGAACUGGCAUGAGUACCCUCAGUGGAGCCCUAACCCUCAAAAUCUCUCAAAGGCUGUUCCCACUUUGGAAGAUGCUGGACUGGAUCUACUCGCUCAAAUGCUGCAAUAUGAACCUGCCAAGCGGAUUUCUGCAAAGAAAGCAAUGGAACAUCCUUACUUUGAUGACCUGGACAAGACCAAUCUUUAGGUUACAAAUGUUAAUUUGGAUGUAGGAACUUACUUCUUAUCAUGCUUCUCUCGAGCGCAUAUCAAAAUCUGUUUAGGAUGAUUAACAUUUCCUGUGUUAUUUUGGUAUUCUACCAGCAUAUUUCUCAUCCAUGGGUUACAUAAACCCCUGCACUUAACAGCUGUGCUGACCUAAUAUCUACUUUGUGGUGAUUGAUUAAAAGUGAAUUUUCUGUUUAACUGAAA